AGUCGGAAAGAUUCCCCUUCGGGGGAAAAGAAAGAUCUCGAUCAGACAAUCGUUCUCACAGAAGUAAUAGCAGAUCAGCCUUAAGUCGUGACCACACUGACAGUAGAGAUGACACUAGGAAUGCCAACAGAUCUGGCAGGAAGAUGGAAGCAAAAGUCAGUCUUAGACAGGAACAGGCUAAAAAGAUUCGUGAACGUAGUCGCCAGUUCCUAAAUCAGAAUCGUUCAAACCAGAGUCGUCCAAACCAGAUUCGUCCAAACCAGAUUCGACCAAACCAGAUUCGUCCAAACCAGAAUCGUCCAAACCUGCCCAUGCAGAAAAGGCCCAUUCAAAGGAGACCCAUGCCAAGCGGACCAAAUCAGGUGACUCCCAAUGAAGUAAUCCGACGUAGUAUUCAGGAAAGGGCCAUGCAGAAGAUGAAGGAACAGCAGCAGCAGCAGGCAGCAAUGCAACAGCAACAGCAGAUUCAGAUGGUGAGGCAACAGCAGAUAGCUCAGGUUGUGCAGCAGAACAACAUGGCUCUGGCAUCAUUCCAGGCCCACCAAGCUCAGGCAAAGAUGUCAAUGAUGGAAGGAUCAGGGGAUGGUCUGCUGGGGCCCAUUCCAAUGGCUGAAGCACAGAAUGUCCCACAGAACGUACCAUCACAUAUUCAGAUGAUGCCAGAGAUGAACGCCAACAUAUUGACACAGCAGGAAAGAGAGAGAGAGAGAGUGAGAAGUGGUUCUUCAUUGAAUAGGGCAAACAUGGACAACAUGGGAAGAAAUAUGGACGGCAUGAGGAGAAACAGUCUGGAACGUAUGGGAAGAGACAACUUUGACAAUAUGGGAAGAAGUGAUAUGCAGGGCGGCGGGAGAAAUAGCAUGGAAGGCAUGGGAAGAAAUAACAUGGAUAUGAGGAGAGGAGGGAUGGAAAUGGGGAGGAAUGAUAGGGCUCAAUUGGAUGAUUCAUAUGGCCAACAGAACGAACCAGUAAGAGGUGAUAAAUAUGGGCAGGAAAAUCAGUAUAGAAGUGGAAUGGACUCUGGUUUUAAUCGGCCACAAAUGAAUCAGAAUGAACCGUUGUCAAGUCGCGGAGGCAUGAGAAAUGAGUCAGGGAGGAUAGAAACAAAUCGUGCUGCUGGAGCUUGGGCUCAGAGAUCUUCACGAGUACCCGAGCCUGCUAACAUUUCACCCAGAGUACCAGCCCGAUCACCAGCCCGAGGGCAGGAUACAUACAACCGAGGACAGAGACAGUCUUUCCAGGACCAGAGGCUGGAAGAAACAGAACAGGACUGGGGUCGUGGCUAUGAUGAUGUACAAGCGAACCCUGGAGAUGUCUAUGCUGUUGAUGAUAGGAGGCCCGUAUCUGACCAACGAGGAGAGACAGCAUGGAGUGAGAAUUAUCCCCAGGAUAUACCGUACGGACGAGGAAAUGAAGAGGCAUACGGUGCAGGGAUGAAGCGUUCUGGUCGUAUGAUGGGUGAGGUUCCUGUCCGUGAGAAGAGACAAAGAAUGGAUCAGGAGAGAAUGUCAGAUAUAAGAGACGACAGUUAUCAGCCUCAAGACAUGGCGUGGUCAAGAGAAGAGGCAGGAGUAUCUGAACAGCGUGGUUACGACAAAAGAUUGCAGAAUCGGAACUGGGGCUCUGGGGUGAAUGAGCAAGUUGACAAUGGUGCUUCAGAUCCACACGGCUUCAAGGUUCAUGAGUAUGGUCACCAGUCACAGGGGAGCGACAUGUAUGAUCAGAACGUAACAGACAGCUGGAACAACACGCCUGGUAUGAUGCAAAACACUGCUGCAGGGACUGGUAUCAUGAAAAAACAGCGUCAACAGAGCUACAAUCAGAGGCCUCAAACCCAGCAACGCCCACAGAAUCAGCAGCGUCUACAGAAUCAACAGCGCCCACAGAAUCAACGCCUACAGAAUCAACGUCUACAGAAUCAACAACGCUCACAGAAUCAGCAACGCCUACAGAGUCAACAACGCCCGCAGAAUCAGCAGCGCCAACAGAACCAGCAACGCCAACAGAACCAGCAGCAGCGAGGUCAAGGUCAGCAGCAGCAGCGAGGUCAAGGUCAGCAGCAGCGAGGUCAAGGUCAGCAGGACGUGAUGCAGCAGCAGAUGAUGCAGCAACAGAUGAUGCAGGCAACAGGGAGGUUCCAACCCAAGAUGGUUCUCUUGCCCACAAGGCUUUUGCCGGGAAUGAAAAGGAAUUAAAGUAUUCAGUUGACCAGAUGACUCUUCGUAAUAAGGAAUAUGGAUAGUGCUAACAAGGACAAAAUCUCCCUGUAUGUGAUGUGUAAUUCUACUUCCAUCAAGCCACCAUUUGCACAUUAAAAUACAGGCAUUUUCUACGGACAUCUACGGACCCUAUGUUGUUUUCAUGGCUCAACCGCACACUGUUCACUUGAUGCUUGUGCUUCUAAGUGUCUUUUGCAUUUUUGACACCCUGGUGCGGUUGUAUGGUAAAUUCCUGUGGGAAUCCUGUUUUUAUGCUCUCUUACUUUUGAAGCUCUGUGUUCAUGCAUCAUGAUGACCUAUGCCCAUAUCUUCUGUUAGACAAUGUAAGGAAGGAAAUUAAUAGUGUGUCAGAGGUGUUUAGGUGAACUUCAUAUUUGAGACUCAACUUAUACAGCUUGAGCUAGUGGAGAAAGCAGUGUUUCAACCUUGUACCAAAUGGAUCACUGUUUACAUAUGUUGAACUGUAAGGAACAACACUAUCCUUUUUGACAUGAAGACUAAUUAAUUUCUUACAUGUAUCAGUUGGAGAUAGUUUGGAAUAUGUUGUUGCUUGUUUGAUGUUACAUGUGUUAACUGUGUUAAAUCCUAAAGACUUGCCUCUGAACAUGAACAUUGUUGUUAUUGAUUUUGCUGACAUGAACUAUUUUAGAUGAUUUUAAGAUAUAGUAUAUGACAGAACUUCACGAUUAUAUAUUAUACAGAGUUGUGUUUUCCUUAUAAAUGUACUCGAUAAAAGCACGUGUGUUGUACUUAAAAUCUCACUAAAUGUACGUUUGUGGAAGAUAUUUUUUACAAAGAGCACAAGGUGCUUGAAGGGACUACCUGUUGUACGUAUCAUUCAUCGGGGUCAUGACAAUCAUUGAUAAGAAAAUGCUUCAAGUAUUUCUGAUUUCAUUUCAUGCUUCAUUGACAUCAUCCAGGGUUGAACCAUGUCUGGAAGGUAUCCAUUAAUUACUAUUUGUUUUUUCCAUUCCACUCAAAUGCUGUAAUCAUAUUCACGUAUCGGUCAAAAUAAAGUUCCUGCAAAUAUUA